AAGUUGAUGGUCGAUUUGGCCAGAGCAGUUUCGACUUGAUCAGCUGGGCAAACCACAGCAGUCAUGAAAAACACGCUAACGGUCCCCACGAAGUCACUCCUCAUCGCCUGCCCUCCACCCCUCCUGUCCCCCCACCCUUGGCACCCUCAGUUCUGCUUUCUGCUUUCCCUGUGGAUCCGGAGGCUGUCGGGCCCACGCAGAAGCGCAGAAUAGAUACAGAAGAGGGGUGGGGCCCAGGCAGCCCCCCCACCCCUGGUCCUGGGAAACCACCUGAGGCCAUGGGAGAGGAGGCCAUGGGUCCCGGACCCCUGGAACCUCUGUGGGCAGGGCUCGGCCCGGCCCUCCUCGGGCAUGAGAGCGGCAGCUGCCUCGUGACCCUCUGGCGUGUCCCUCGCGGGCCGUGCUGGCCACAGAGGCUCCAGCCCUCGGCCAGCUGCCGCCCGCCCGCGGCCUCCCGGGUGCCGGCCGGACUCGCGGAGGUCCCAGUCCAUGGGGAUGCCUGGAGGAGGGACAGGCAGACGUGGCCGGAGCUGACGCGUGCCCACUUCGUGCCCGGCCUCGGCGACUCUCCUCUGGGCUCUUGGUGGCCGCCCUGUGCGCCGGAGCCCGGCAAGGAGCCGGUACCACCGCAGCCUCGCCGAGGACGGGUGAAUGAUGUGUUUGCAGAGGCUUCAGGCCUGGCAGUGCUGAGACCCUUGCAGCCGGCUCACUGGGCUCGGGCUGCCCACAGCCUCGGCGAGACGGGCCGGGUCAGAGAGCCGCGUCCUGGUUCCCGGUUUCGUUCUCAGCAGCCCUUGAGGAGGUGUGUGAGCGCUGUCGCCCAGCCGGGCCUGGCUGAGCGCCUUUUGCUCUGUCUGCACUGGUACCCGGCCCGAGGGAGUUGCGCUUCUCAGACCUGGCCCCUGACCCAGGAGAGGAACGUGGUGAUGGGCGCUUGCUGCUGCCCUGAAGAUGCUGUGUCAGAGCCGCAGGCUGCUCCCAGCGCCCCGGAGAAGCCGCCCGGCACGGCGAUCCUGUGUAACACCUGCGGGAAUGUGUGCAGGGGCGAGGUGCUGCGGGUGCAGAACAAGUACUUCCACAUCCAGUGCUUCAUCUGCAAAGCAUGCGGCUGUGACCUGGCCGAGGGUGGCUUCUUCGUGCGGCAGGGCGAGUACAUCUGCACGCAGGACUACCAGAGGCUGUACGGGACCCGCUGCUUCAGCUGCGACCGCUUCAUCGAGGGCGAGGUGGUGUCGGCUCUGGGCAAGACCUACCACCCGGACUGCUUCGUGUGCGCUGUCUGCCGCUGUUCAAGCUCAUGA